UACCCCCCAAUCAUGCCGCAGUUCCACAGCUAUUAAAAUCGAUCGCCACCAUUUACACCACCGCACUCCGCCUCCUCCAUGGCGGCGUUCGGAGCCCUCCUCCGCUUUUCAAGAAGGACCCUUGUACUCCCCCAACAGUUAUCCCCUGUUGUUUUUUUCUCUUCCUUCUGCAAAAACAAAUACCAUUACUUUCCACCACCAAUUCAGACUCCACCCGCCGCCAAAAAAGUUCCUUUCACGGCCACAGCUCACGGGAUAACGUGGCAGGACCCCUAUCAUUGGAUGUCCAACACAAAUGACCCAGAUUUCAUUAGCUAUCUCCAACAAGAAAUCUCUUAUGCUGAGGCCUUCAUGCAAGAUACUCAAGGGUUGCAGAGUACCCUUUAUGCUGAAAUGGUUUCCAGAAUGCCCUCCAAGAUUUCCACCCCACCUGAACGCUGGGGACCCUGGUUGUACUACCAGUACAUUCCAGAAGGGAAGGAAUAUCCUGUUUUAUGUAGGAAAUUAUCUACUGGAAGGAAAGGUUGGGUGAACACCAUAGUCAAUUCUUUCAGAGAAGAAAUUGGAAGGGAGCAAAUUUUACUUGACUGGAAUGACAUUGCAGAACAAUAUGGAUAUGUUCAUGUGGGUAUAUGCCGAAUAUCACCAGAUCACAAUUAUCUUGCAUAUACACUUGAUACUACUGGAGACGAACAAUUUCUUCUUCAAAUUAAGGACUUACAAAGUGAUCUUAUCCUCCCUAAUUCUGGAGUUGAGGGGGUUGUCAGUUUGGCAUGGGCCCAAGACAGCCAUACUUUAUUCUAUACAUUGAGCAACAAAAACCAACGACCGUACAGGGUUAUGUGCACCAAACUGGGAUCUAUUUCCGUGGAUGAUGUCACAAUAUUUACGGAAAAUGAUUCCAACUUCUGUGUAGAUAUCACAAGCACAAAGGAUGGAAAGUUCAUAACUGUGAAUUCUAACUCAAGGACUUCAUCUGAGGAAGGAACAUACCCACUUCAAUUUUCAUCCUUUAUGGUUUACUUUAUAAAUUCAAUGGAUCCAGAAACCGGGUUACAAAGAUUUUGUAGACGUUUCUCUGGAGUGCAAUAUUUCCUGGAACAUCACUAUGGCUUUUUUUACAUCCUUACAAAUGCUCCUAUGAGGGACGAUAAGAAGUUUUCUGGUAAUGGUUAUUACUUAGCCAGAUGUCGAGUUGAAGAUGUUCAGUCAGCUAAUUUUCAGAACAUAAUCAUGCCUGGUGAUGAUAUAUAUGUGGAAGAUAUGGACAUUUUUAAUGGGCAUUUAGUGCUUUUUCUUAACAAAGAUGGUUCCCCUUCGAUAUGUUCCAUUGACCUGCCUAUUGAUACCAAUUGCAAGAAACUAUUGGAGAUCAAUGAUCUCAGUCCAUGGUUCUUCCCUUUGCCCUCGAAAAUGUGUACAAUUGCUCCAGGUUCAAGUCAUGAAUUCAUGAAUUCAGUGUACCGUGUUAUACUUUCUUCACCCGUGAUGCCUGAUUUAAUCGUUGACUAUGACAUGUCGAGGAAGGUAUUCUCCAUUGUUCAGCAAGAAGAGGUUACCAAUAUUUCAACUCGUAGCACUGAGUACUCUUCACUAAAUUAUAACCAUGGCAGUGAUAAGUCUGUAGACUCUUCAAAUGGGAAUGAUGGAGAUGCUCAGGAUAAUAAAAUUCGUGGAUGGAGAGACUUGUCUGAAAAAUAUUCAUGUGAAGAAAAGGAAUAUUUUUCCCAUGAUGGUGUCAGAAUCCCCCUAACUAUCUUGUUCUCUCGGAGUGCAUAUCAGAAAGGGCAGUCUCCUGGGCUUCUGCAUGGAUAUGGUGCAUAUGGUGAAGUUCUGGAAAAAAGUUGGUGUCCAGAUCGUCUGAGCUUGCUUGAUCGAGGUUGGCUGUUGGCAUUUGCAGAUGUGAGGGGUGGUGGUGGUUCGGAUCCGUCUUGGCAUAAAUCUGGCUGUGGAUUCAACAAGUUAAACUCGAUAUAUGAUUUUGUUUCAUGUGGUAAGUAUCUGAUCGAUCAGGGUUUGGUCCAUAAAGGUAAGCUUGGUGCUGUGGGCAUUAGUGCAGGAUGCCUUCUUGUGGGGGCAUCCAUCAAUAUGCAUCCUGGAUUGUUUCGUGCUGCUAUUUUGAAGGUUCCAUUUCUCGAUAUAAUCAACACACUUCUGGAUCCUUGCUUACCUCUCACUACUUUGGACUAUGAAGAAUUCGGGAAUCCUCACAUACAGUCCUACUUCGAGUAUAUUCUUAAGUAUUCUCCUUAUGAUAAUAUUCCUCAAGGCGAGUGCUGUCCUUCAAUGCUUGUGUCAGCCUCAUUUAAUGACUCCCGAGUGGGUGUUUGGGAAGCCGCCAAAUGGGUGGCCAAGAUACGAGACACUGCAUGUUCAAGUUGUUCUUCUUCAGUCAUCCUGCAGACCAAUAUGAGUGGGGGACAUUUUCGUGAAGGCGGCCGUUUUGCUCAAUGUUUGGAGACAGCUUACGAGUAUGCUUUUCUGAUGAAAAUUAUGCAAAAAUAAUGAAAAUAGAGAAGAAACUGGCAGAAAGGAACUUCAAUAGUUUUUUACCAAAUUACGUGAUGCGUGUUGAAUCUUCCAUCUGAAUGCUUCGUGCAUAGACUAACGGUGGCAGGUCCAAUACCUGGUUGUCGAACAAUUUUCAUUUACUUUAUUUCUCAGAAGUAAGAUUUGUUGAUCGGAUCAAAGAACUGGUUAUCUAUUCUAUUUGUGCAAGUGUAACAUCGAGAAAAAGACAAUCAAAGAGGAGUAGAGAACUACGCGAAAGGUUUGAAUUGGCUGAACAAAUCUUCUCUCAUGUUAGUGCAGGCUGAUCGGAAUUCAUUGGUUAGCUGCAUGUUACUGUAGAUUAGCUUCUUUUUAGGUGACAGGGGAAAGCCUUGAAGAUAUAUCCUUUUCUUUAAAAAAUUUAGCAUAAAAUUAUCUCAUAUCACAGUAUUAUGUGAAACAGUAGAAAUGUCACAAAAUUUGUGUAACAUGUAUUUGCUGAGAACUAUGAAUCAAUAUGCUCCAUAUUUUUCCU